AUGAAGUGGUCUGCUCUUGUUUCAAUUAGUGCUUUUACUACUUUCCCGGUGAUUUACGCUCUGGCGGAUGGUGCUGAGGAGGAGUGCUGGAGGGGUCCCGCGAUGAAGCUCGGUGCCCUAGAAUUCUUUGAAACGCCUGAAGACGCAGCGGCAUGCCCUGAGGCACACAUUUACUUUCUGGGCCAGCAGAGUGAAGUCCUUCUGUCCCGGCACGUGAACAUCACCAACUCGUCCGAUGCCUGCGAUUCCAACAUGUUGCAGGCCAUCUCGUUGCCGGCGGACCUUGCCGGCACCUAUGCCAAGGUGACUUUUCUGUGUGGCAAUGUUGACGGGCCCAGCUGCCAGAUGAUCAGGCUUCUGCCGCCGGACGGAUCGCAAUCAGCUGCACCGCUCUCCUUGGCGAUGGCUCGGACAUGCCUGGACUCGAGCACUGCGACGGCCGCCUAUCCGUCGUCAGGCGCUACCAGCACAACAGGCGGUCCGUGGGACGGCACUCCAUCCACGGCCGUGACUAGUCUUCCCACUUCUGGGACUGAGGACGCCUCGGCAUUUCCCAUUCCCUCGGUGGAAACUCAACCGCCGUCAUCCUAUUUCUCUACCGGUGCUGAGACGGAAGGUUCCGGGAUCACCGGUCCUGAGACGGAAGGUUCUGGGAUCCCCUCAUCACUGCUCGGAUCUGACCUUGAAUCCGUUCAGGCAACAUCGACCACUGCCAACGCCUCCCUGGACCCUUCAGAGACCAAUGUUGACCCGACAACGUUGGUGGAGAACACUGGCGGCGCCACUGGUAGUGUCCCUUUCGAUGUGCCUUCUGAAGUUCCCUCUGAUGCCUCUUCUGGACCGCCCGAUGCGACGACACUAAUCACAUCGACCGUUGCAGGCAUCACAAAUGCACCCAGAUGCACGUGCGAGCCGUCCUAG